ACAAACAGUUAUGAGUCAACUAGUUUCUUCUUGAAAUAUUUUCCUGAGUGUGUAGGUGGCAGCGUGUUGAUGUUAAAAACUGAAAAACCUUUUGUUGUCCUCAUCAGUACCUUAUGUUGUCUUUUUCUGUUAAAAUCUCAAGUCAUACCCAUGUGAUGUUUUUGUUAAUCUUAAACUUCACCACACACUAUUUAGUAGCAUUUUAACUAAAAUAAAAAUGAGAACACAGGAUUGAAAACCACACCAUAAUACAGAAAUAAUAGUCUGUGCUAAUGCCGUUCACUGCCAAGCCUCCUUUUAUUCUGGGAUGUACCCAUACAAGUCAUGCAAUCACUUGUAAAAAAUAAUACAUCCAGAUCACCUCUGUUUUGUAUGUAUAGAUUCCCCUGUGGUUUUUAAUGCACUCACAUGGACAAAAUGUAAACACCACUCAGUAUAAUGCAAUCCUAUGCGAUUAUACCACAAACCUCAAAACAACCACAGAGUUAAAUCAACACCUUUCUGACACAGUCUCAACAAAAACUAAAUCCUUUUUAGAUGUAGGAUUUGUUGCGAGACUUGUUUUGGAUUACAAUGUUUAUGUUUGAAGUUACUCUAGUUGUCUAAAAUAAAUCAAGGAAGGAAAACCAUUCUGUAUCACAGCUUUAAAAUUGCUUGUUCUUCAGUACUUGUUCUCCAUUCUCCGUCCCUCCAUUUCACCUCCCUCCUCCUCCCACUCGCUCAGCAGCUGUCCAGACAUGCAGUGACUUUGGCAGCAGCUGUUGAGUGUAGUACGUGUUGGCUACGCAUGUUCUAGUUCAUAAUUGUGUGUCUGUGGGCGUGUGUUAGGUAGCUAUGGCAAUCGCUGCAUCCUGUGUAGAGAGAGAAUCUUUCCUAUCCCAGUGGUGUUGUAGCCCCUCCCCUCUCACUCUCUGUAUAUACACACAUUACAAAAACACUCCCACCUCAGAUCUUACCUAGCUCAGGCUAGACACAGCAGGUUUGCGUGUGCAGUCAGUGAUAACAGUGCUCUUCAGAGAGAGGACAGGGUAGAGUAAUGCCUCUGAGGUGCCUGCAGGCAAGCAGCAGUUUUGAAGAAGAGUGGGCAGCUUUGAAUGGCCAUCAUCGCCGCACUGGGUUCAAGCAAGGGACUAAGCGUGGACAGACAGAGUGCAUCAGUCUUGACACCAUGCUGCCCUGCAACUCAGAAGCUCUCCACCGGCCGUUCGGCCUGGAUUCGGCAGCGCUGACAGAGGCCGUGCGCUGGAGCUCCAAGGAGAACCUACUGGGGGCAGCCGAGAGCGACCCUAACCUCUUCGUUGCACUUUAUGACUUUGUCGCCAGCGGAGACAACACGCUCAGCAUCACCAAAGGUGAGAAGCUGCGCGUGCUGGGCUACAACCAGAAUGGAGAGUGGAGUGAAGUGCGCUCCAAGAACGGCCAGGGCUGGGUGCCCUCCAACUACAUCACACCCGUCAACAGCCUGGAGAAGCAUAGCUGGUACCAUGGGCCCGUGUCUCGCAGCGCCGCAGAGUACCUGCUCUCGUCCCUCAUCAACGGGAGCUUUCUGGUCCGGGAAAGUGAGAGCAGCCCCGGACAGCUGUCCAUAUCUCUGCGUUAUGAGGGGAGAGUCUACCACUACCGGAUUAACACAGCCUCUGAUGGAAAGGUGUAUGUGACGUCUGAGAGCCGUUUCGCCACCCUGGCCGAGCUGGUCCACCACCACUCCACUGUAGCCGACGGCCUGGUCACCACACUGCACUACCCAGCACCCAAAUGCAACAAGCCCACAGUGUAUGGCGUGUCACCCAUCCAUGACAAGUGGGAGAUGGAGCGCACAGACAUCACCAUGAAGCACAAGCUCGGAGGAGGCCAGUAUGGAGAGGUGUAUGUGGGAGUGUGGAAGAAGUACAACCUCACAGUGGCUGUCAAAACGCUCAAGGAGGACACCAUGGAAGUUGAAGAAUUUCUUAAAGAGGCAGCCGUCAUGAAGGAGGUUAAACACCCAAACCUCGUUCAGCUACUAGGUGUGUGUACAUUGGAGCCUCCAUUUUACAUUGUAACUGAGUACAUGCCACACGGCAACCUACUGGACUACUUGAGAGAGUGUGACAAAGAGGAGGUGAAUGCUGUGGUGCUGCUCUAUAUGGCCACACAGAUCUCUUCUGCCAUGGAAUACCUGGAAAAGAAAAACUUCAUACACAGGGAUCUCGCAGCGAGGAACUGCCUGGUCGGGGAGAAUCACGUUGUGAAAGUCGCAGACUUUGGCUUGAGCAGGUUGAUGACUGGCGACACCUACACUGCCCACGCUGGGGCCAAAUUCCCCAUUAAAUGGACUGCACCUGAGAGCCUUGCAUACAACACCUUCUCCAUCAAGUCUGAUGUCUGGGCGUUUGGGGUGCUGCUGUGGGAAAUUGCCACAUAUGGCAUGUCUCCAUACCCUGGCAUCGAUCUGUCUCAGGUCUAUGACCUCCUGGAGAAAGGCUACCGUAUGGAACAGCCUGAGGGAUGUCCGCCCAAAGUCUACGAACUCAUGAGAGCAUGCUGGCAGUGGAGCCCAUUAGACAGGCCUUCAUUUGCAGAGAUCCACCAAGCCUUCGAAACAAUGUUCCAUGACUCCAGCAUCUCUGAAGAGGUGGCAGAGGAGCUCUGUAAGACAGCCUCCUCAGGUCACUGUGGACCACUGCACUCUUUCAGUCAUGACAUGCCCCUGUUGCCUUCCAAAUCCCGCACACUCCACAAGCACACAGAAAACAAGGAAAACAUCGAGGGUGGACUGGAUGGGCGCUCUGACCACAGCACGCACAGCCACUCAGGCUGGGCCUCUACUUUACUGGGAGGCGACGGCCGAUCAGGCAGCUCCCCAGCUCUGCCCAGAAAACAGCAGCCACGAGAUAAAUCUCCCAGCAGCCUUUUAGAGGAUGCACAGGAUAUGGGCACAUUUACACGAGACCGCAAGACUGGCUUCUUUAGCUCCUUCAUAAAGAAGAAAUCAUCCUCCUCUUCCUCAUCCUCUCAGCUCCAACAGAACCUCCCAACGCCCCCCAAGAGGAGUAGUUCUUUCCGGGAGAUGGAGACGCAGCCUCACAAGAAGUAUGAACCCACUGCUGAUUUCAGCGCUCCUCCUCCUUUGCCCCAGUCGGACAGUUUGGGGGGCUUCUCUGCUUCUCCCUCCCACUCCCACGGGGAACCCACCCAAGCCCAGUCACGCUGCUGUGGGGCUGCUUUCGGACAGAAACCCUCUGGCGGAGGCCUCGGUUCGCAGGUGACGAGCGGCAGCAGUUGGGGCAGUCUGGCUGGCUUUUUUACCCCUAGACUCAUCAAAAAGACCCUGGGGCUGCGGACAGGAAAGACAAGCUCCUCAGAGGAGGGUGGAAGUAUAGUUGGAGGGCCGAAACCCUUCCCUAGGUCAAAUUCUACCUCCUCUAUGUCAGCUGGGCUUCCAGACUUGGAGCGCAUGGCUCUAACUUUACCCAGGAACCGCAGUGCUAAACCCCCUCUAGAGAGGACUGCCUCCACCACCUCCCAGCCAGAGAACGGGGCUGCACGGCCCUCAGAAACUCUGCUGAGGAGGAUGGAUGAGGGGACCGCACAGAUCAGGGAAAGGCCCAAAGCCAAGCUACUACCCCGGGGCACUGCUGUAGGGGUGAGGGCGCCAGGGGUCGGGGGGGAGGUGGCGGGGGAAUCGGACAGUCUCUCUCGGGUCAGGGAGGGCAGAGAGGAGGGUGGGGGCGGACUGGACAGGCAGCAGAGUUGGUCCUCUCCCUCUAAGACUUCUAGUUCAAGUGCUUCCUCAGUUGCAGCAGGUGCACCAACUCACAACCACAAAGUUCCAGUCCUGAUCUCCCCCACACUGAAGCACAGCCCAGCUGACGUGCACCUAGUCGGGUUAGACUCUCAGGGGAACCGCUUCAAACUGCUGUCCGAGCACCAAGCAGACCGGGACAGGCCAAGACUUGUAAAACCCAAGUGCGCUCCUCCGCCGCCUCCCACUCUGCGCGGCCUGCAACACUCCUACAGCGGCGACGGAGAGGACCAGGUGGGAGGCGCGCCAGUGGAGGUUAACGGAGACACUUUAAAGGGUCACAGGUCAGGGCGAUUGUCAGGAGGAGCGACGACGGGCAGACCGUCAGUGCCACCACCACAAGUGCCUCCUGCAUCUUCCUCCUCCUCCUCCUUUAACUCUUCUUCCUCUGCCACCGCCAACACAACUCCCACCAAAAUGGCCAACGGAGCCGCCACCACCACUGCCUCGUCCUCGCACACGGCGGCGUCUGCCGGAUCCAAAGUGGCUCUGCGGCGAACCAGGCAGCAGGCGGAGAGGGUGCCCCUGGAGCGGGUGAGCCGCGAGGCCCUGCUGGAGUGCGCUGAGUGCCUGAGCAGUGCCCUCCACGCCAGUUCCGAAAGCCCGUCCAGCAGCCAGGUGCUGGACGCCGGCCACCAGCUGCUAGACUACUGCUCAGGUUACGUGGACUGCAUCCCUCAGACGAGGAACAAAUUUGCCUUCCGAGAGGCAGUGGGGAAGCUGGAGCUCAGCCUGCAGGAACUGAGGGCCUCGUCUUCAGGAGGAGGACUGAGCGGCGUGGGGCCCAACACUGUACUGGACAACCUGCACAGCUGUAUUAAAGAGAUUAGUGACGUAGUGCAGAGGUAGCCACUGUGUGACGACACCAAGCGUCACCCUUAACUACCCGACAGAUCGCUUAUAUUCCCUUUUUUUUAUGUUUCUGGUUCUAUCGACAGCUUUUUGGGGACGAAAUGAGAUGAAUCUCUAAAGUACCUCAGAGAAAUCACUACAAAACGUUAAUCUUUUUUAUUGUUUACAAUCAACUGUUUCAUAAAAUGCCAGUGUGGAUACUAACUUUGCUCUGACCUGUACAUAUUGAGAAAUGUUUAUACCAAACUAAAUGUGGUUCAAGUCGCACCAUGAAACGUUUUUUUCACCACAACUCUCCACCUGGGCCGUGAUGACAACGGCCUCUUUGUCAAAUGAAUGUCGAGCGUAUCAGCUGUGUGUAGCCAGCCCCAGAGAGUAGGUAAUGCUCACUCUGCUUAUCUGUCAAGUCUGUCACAUUACUGAGCGAGAAUGAUGGUGUCUGUGCCCGGCCUUACUGAGAAUACUAGACAACUGUUUUCCCUGACUGAAGCUCUAGCAAUGUUUCACAGAUAUGUGAAGCGUGAGGUUUUGUGCUCAAUGUCUGGGAAAUCUAGUGACCAUAAGCCAUUUUUUAAAGCCAUUUGGGGUCUCAAUUUCACACUUUUAUUUUGUGUGCAGAUGUUUUUUUUUUUUAUUAUUAUUUUGUUUUUAUUUCAUAGGUUGCAACUGACAGUCAGUAUUUUUCAGUAGUUGGACAAUUGUGAAAGAAGAAUAACUUUACCCAAAACUGCUUUUUUUGGUAUUUGAUUAGAGUGUUGUUUUUUUUUUUGUUUUUUUUUUAGAAUAAUCAGCUAUUUUGUCAGUGACAUUCCCACAAGGUGAGACCAUUGAAAGUUAUUGAAGGGAUCACUUUCAGCAUUGAAACUUGUGUUCAUUUGACAAGCGUGUAAAUAAGCUCAAUGAAACGUUAAGUUCACGUUUCACUAAUACCAAAUACAGGCUUAUCAAAUCCAAAAAAAAAACAAAACAAAACAAAAAAAAAUGCAAGAAAAGGUUUAUAUUGAUCUAUUUUGUUUAUUCCCCACAAUACUGAACCAUAAAUGAAUGAAUGUGGGGCAUCUUUAUCAUAUGCACAGCAUUUGUCUUCGCUUCAGUGACGUGACUGAUGUUCACACUUUAACACAGUGCCACAGAAAUGGGGAAAAUCUCCCCAGUCUAUCCCCUAAAGCAUUUCAAUAUUUAUGUCCAGUUAUCCUUGCACACUACAUUUUUCUUCCUCGUGUGAUGGAGUGUUAAGAGAGUGGAGCGGGGAGAGGGGAGAGCACAGGGUAGCACAUGAGCAGGUGAACUGGGACAGUGUUUCUAUAAGUGUCCUUCCGAGUAUGGACAGUGCUGGAUUCCCUGUAGCCUUGUCCGUGGCCUCAGUGCCUCAAAUUCUUCAAAUGUAUGAACACUACGAAAAUGCAGAGACCUACUUUAACACUAAUCGUCACACAGUACUGAUCUCUCAGCAAACAAACUGCAGUAUGUCUUCAGCACAUGAGCGAUUUGUACAUUGUAUUUGGUUCAAAGAAAAAUGCUUUUUAGAAUGUCUAUGUAUGAACUUGAAUUUUAAAUUAUUCUCUUUUUUUUAUUAAAAGCACAGACCUAUUUUGAGAAAAGAGUAAUGUAAAUAUUUGAUUUAUUUCAUAUCCAGGAAACAAAAGAUGUAUGUAUGGUCACAGCAUAAAGAGCAAUGUUUUUGACUGUAGAGAUGUAUUGCAAGACUGAGGCCCAUCCACCCAGAUCUGAAUAUCUGCUUUAUGAAUGUAUUAUUCUUCAGUUCUGAACCCUGUCGAAUGUUCAUCUGCAUGACUCUUUAAUCUCUUAAGGUGCCAUUUCUUUAUAUUUAUUUUAAUCCAAUUUAUUGGCCCAUAGUUCUAAUUUUGAUCACACUAAAUAAUUAAGUCCAGAAACAACUGCUCUGUUUUUUUGAGCACAAACAAAACUGUGUACAGCGCACACGCAGCUCACAGAUAUUUUUAUUUUCUUUGUUUGCUUUGGCUCGCAUCUUAACUUACACUGGAUAAGGCCUGGAUAAGACAUAUUGGUUCAUUGCCACAUUGCAUCUGAAUAUUACAAAAUCUCACCUGUAAACACUGCAGGUCCAUAACACUUUCAACACGUCCCUUAACUACACUCGAUGGAUUUGCCAAGUAAAACUUCUUGUCAACGUGUUUUGUAGUGCAUUUCAUAUCAUCAUUUCAUGUUUUGUUUUCAUUUGUUGAUUUUUUUUUUCUUGAUUCUUGGUGCCUUUUUGUGAACAAAUAAAUUCUGUACAGUCACACUACAGUAUCACUGAAAGAAAUCACAGUACAGAGUUGUUUAAGUCCAUCAUUAAAACAUUCAUGUGUUAUCAUAUCUGUGCCAUGAGAUCGUGGUAGGUUAUCACUACAUUAUGGAUUUCUGUCAUUUGGAGAGUCAGGCGCUAACUUGAAACCGAACGGUGCACUUUGUCUGUUUAGAUUUUGUAUUUAGAUACUCAGCUACAUAGGUCAUAUAUUAGUGGCCAUUAACACUGUUAGUGCAGCCACACCUGUUUAGGUUUCCUCUUGAACAAAUGACACAUGAGCCUGCGAGGUUGUCUCAUAAUAUGAACACACAAGCUUUGUUUGAAACAUUUUUUUAAAAACAUAUUUGCCAAGCACUAGUUUGGCCUGUUUGCCUGUUAACUUUCUAUUGAUUUUUAGUCAGAGCAUCUCUGUGGAACAGGUUUCCCAAAAAAAGCCUUAUCAAACAGUGAACGAAAAAAAUGUGACCUUCCAGAAUCAGACACGUUUCCAGCCUGGAUGUUUUUUUUGUUUUUUUUGUUUUGUUUUGUUUUUAAAGAAAUAAACUUAAAGAUUCAAUUAUUACAGUGUCAAUGAAUUAAUUACCAGUGUCCCCCCCCCCCAAAAUCUGAUAUCUGAACAAAUGCAGUUUCAUAUUUGAACUGAUCACAUUUCUACGCAUUCUCAUUAUCAGUCUUCUGCAUUGUCUUUAUUUAUGUUGCCUGCAUUUAUUCUGUAUGUUGCCCCCCAUCUCCCUGUUUUGGAGAGCAGCUCUGGAGAACGUGUGGACACAUCAUUAUACCAAAGGCCACUUCUUCAGUUGUAUGAGUGCAAUGUAAACCAACACACACACACACAUAUACACACACAGACACACCAUAAUGGAAUAUGUGAAUCUAAACAGGGAUGAAAAAUGGCAGAGAUGUUAACAUUAACUUUUUUAUUGUACAAAAUAUAUAUUUUGUGUUUUGUUUUUUUUUUUAUUUAAAGCUCACGUUAUAUUACUGUGAAGUUCUGCUUAUCAGUGUUAAGCCUAUUGUAAAUAAUAAAGAUAUUGAUGAAUACUG